AUGUGGCUCCCAAAGGGACAUGGGACGACAAAGAAAACUAGUGGGAACGGGCUAGUUGCAGUUGCAAUAGACAAGGAUAAAGGAAGCCAAUUUGCUAUCAAAUGGGCACUUGAUAAUCUUCUCGCCAAGGGCCAAACUGUUAUAUUAAUCCAUGUUCUUCAUAGAACACCUUCCUCUAAUCAAAGUUAUAGCCAUAGCCAAGUUCAUGAUGUCAAUUCAUCACCUUAUAAACAUCAACCUGAGAGGCAAAACAAAGAUCUCUUCCUCACGUUUCAUUGCUAUUGUACGCGUAAAGAUAUACAUUGCUUGGAUGUGUCACUCGAAGGCACGGAUAUCGCAAAAGCAUUAACAGAAUAUGUUUCUUAUGCAGCAAUUGAGAAUUUGGUUCUUGGUGCCCCUUCUCGGCAUGGAUUUAUGAGAAAAUUCAAGACUGAUGUUCCCACGAGUGCAUCGAAAGCAGCACCCGAUUUCUGUAAUGUAUAUGUCAUUUCCAAAGGGAAAAUUUCUUCAAAACGAAAUGCUUCUCGUGCAGCCCCAUUCACCUCCCCGCUAUUGCAUCAACUAGAGGUCCAUAAUGAUCAUUCUGAGACACAUGCUAACAAUAUUAAGAGUUUAAGAGCCCAUCCACGGCGUGAUCUCUAUACCUCCAGGUCCCAUUAUGUGAAAAACAGAUCACCUUUUACUAGAGGAAGAUUUCAGAGAAGGUCGUUCCAGGUCUUCUCAGAAGCAGAAACUGAUAUAUCAUUCAUUAGCUCUGGCAGGCCAAGCACUGAGCAUAACUCUCCUAUAGUCUAUGAUUACAUUGAUGUAUCCCAACCCUCGCGGGUAUCAACCAACUCAGACCAUAGCUUUGGAUCACAGCGUUUGGGAAUUAAAUUUAAUGACAAAUUUUGCCAUGAAUUCUCAUCAAUGUCACAGGAAAGUGGAAGAACAUCAUGCUCAUGCUCAUCACAGAACUUGGAUGAAGUGGAAGCUGAAAUGAGGCGGUUAAAGCUCGAGCUAAAACAAACAAUGGAUAUGUACAGUACGGCGUGCAAAGAAGCUCUUCUAGCAAAACAAAAGGCAAUGGAGCUCCAACGCUGGAGACUUGAAGAAGAGCAAAGAGUUGAAGAGGCACGGGUUGCUGAGGAAACGGCAUUGUCACUUGCCGAGAAAGAGAAAGCUAAGUGCAAGUCUGCAAUAGAAGCUGCAGAAGCGGCGAAGAGAAUUGCAGAGUUGGAAGCGCAAAGAAGAUUGAAAUUCGAGAUGAAAGCCCUUCAAGAAUCGGAAGGCGCAAAAUGGAUGUUGGAUAAUGUGGACCAAAAUGAUCUAAGAUACAGGAGAUACACUAUAGAUGAAAUUGAAAUAGCAACAGAAUCCUUCUCUGAACAUCUUAAGAUUGGUGAAGGAGGCUAUGGCCCUGUAUAUAAGGGCUAUCUUGAUCAUACACCAGUUGCAGUUAAGGUUCUACGUCCCGACGCGGCUCAAGGAAGGUCACAAUUUCAACAAGAGGUUGAGAUUCUUAGCAGCAUAAGGCAUCCAAAUAUGGUACUCCUUCUAGGAGCCUGUCCAGAGUAUGGCAUAAUUGUAUACGAGUACAUGGCGAGUGGAAGCUUAGACGAUUGUCUCUUCCACCGACGGAAUACUCAACCUCUAUCUUGGCAACUCAGGUUCCGGAUUGCAGCAGAGAUUGCCACAGGUUUACUCUUUCUACAUCAAACCAAACCCGAACCAUUAGUUCAUCGCGACCUCAAGCCUGGCAACAUUUUACUAGACCAAAAUUAUGUUAGUAAAAUUAGCGAUGUUGGACUAGCCAGGCUCGUACCAGCUGUUGCGGAGAAUGUAACACAGUACAGAAUGACAUCAACAGCUGGAACAUUCUGUUAUAUCGAUCCCGAGUAUCAACAAACCGGAAUGCUUGGUGUAAAAUCAGAUGUUUAUUCACUAGGUGUCAUGCUUUUGCAACUGAUAACAGGUAAGUCGCCAAUGGGAUUGACACACAAUGUUGGCAGAGCUAUCGAGAAUGGAACGUUAAGCAAAAUGCUGGAUCCGUCUGUGAUUGACUGGCCGUUGGACGAAACCCUUUCCUUCGCGAAGCUAGCGUUCCAAUGUGCAGAACUUAGAAGAAAAGAUAGGCCAGAUCUCGGCAAGGUUGUAUUGCCAGAGCUGAAUAAACUGAGAGAACUUGCUGAAGAAAACAUAAGCUCCUUCUCGUUGGGGAGCAACUCAUUUUCAAUGACACAGGAAGUGAUAAGUGAUCCUCAUCUAAGACCUUCGGGAAGCACAAAGAGCCAAUCAAGCACAUCCCAGCUGAAGAAACUACCUGAUGGAGGAAACUAG